GGAAAGACGAGUCGCUAACUAACUGCUGUCGCGGAGCGGAGCGAGUCUGAGUCUGUAGGGUAGGGUCGGUCGGACACAUGAAUGCGAUGCCGAACAAAACGAAAAAAGACAAGGAUACGCCGAAGUCUGGAAAAGUCGGUAAAUCUGCAGGACAAGAAAACUCGGAUCAUGAGGGAUCAAACAGGAAAGGCAGCAAUAGCGUGCCACCCACCACACAGCUGCUGAAGGGGAAGCAGUCUGGAUCCCAAGCCCCUGUCAAAAAGGAAAAGAGGCAAAGCUCCUCUCGCUUUAGCCUCAGCAAUAACAGGGAGCUCCAAAAACUGCCUGCUUUCAAAGAUGUGCCCCCAGCAGAGCAGGAGAAGCUGUUCGUGCAGAAGUUGCGCCAGUGCUGUGUGCUCUUUGACUUUGUAUCCGACCCGCUGAGUGACCUGAAAUGGAAGGAGGUAAAGCGGGCGGCGCUCAGCGAGAUGGUGGAAUAUAUCACGCACAACAGGAACGUAAUCACCGAGCCCAUCUACCCAGAGGUUGUACACAUGUUUGCAGUUAACAUGUUUAGGACAUUACCGCCCUCAUCCAACCCAACAGGGGCAGAAUUUGACCCAGAAGAAGAUGAGCCCACGUUAGAGGCUGCUUGGCCACACCUGCAGCUUGUCUAUGAAUUUUUUCUGCGGUUCUUAGAGUCCCCAGACUUCCAGCCAAACAUAGCCAAAAAGUACAUCGACCAGAGAUUUGUCAUGCAGCUUUUAGAACUCUUUGACAGUGAAGACCCUCGGGAAAGAGACUUCCUGAAGACCACUCUGCAUCGUAUUUAUGGCAAAUUUCUAGGCCUUAGAGCCUACAUCAGGAAGCAAAUUAAUAACAUUUUCUAUAGGUUCAUUUAUGAAACUGAACAUCAUAACGGAAUAGCUGAGUUACUGGAAAUAUUAGGAAGCAUAAUCAACGGGUUUGCCUUACCGCUGAAAGAAGAGCACAAGAUUUUCCUAUUGAAAGUUUUGUUGCCUUUGCAUAAAGUCAAGUCUCUCAGUGUUUACCACCCACAGCUGGCAUACUGUGUGGUACAGUUUUUGGAGAAGGACAGCACCCUCACUGAGCCAGUGGUCAUGGCUCUUCUGAAGUACUGGCCAAAGACUCAUAGUCCAAAGGAGGUGAUGUUCCUCAAUGAGCUGGAGGAGAUCCUGGAUGUCAUCGAACCUUCCGAAUUUGUCAAAGUAAUGGAGCCACUCUUCAGGCAGUUAGCUAAAUGUGUCUCCAGUCCACACUUUCAGGUUGCAGAGCGGGCCCUGUACUACUGGAACAAUGAGUACAUAAUGAGUCUGAUCAGUGACAAUGCAGCCAGAAUCCUGCCCAUCAUGUUCCCUGCUCUUUACCGCAACUCCAAAACCCACUGGAACAAGACCAUCCAUGGCUUGAUCUACAAUGCACUGAAGCUCUUUAUGGAGAUGAAUCAGAAACUCUUUGAUGACUGCACGCAGCAGUUUAGAGCAGAGAAAAAUAAAGAGAAGCUAAAAUGGAAAGAGCGUGAGGAAGCAUGGAUAAAGAUAGAGAACCUUGCCAAGUCAAAUCCACAGUUCCUCAUGUAUAUUGACUCCACCAGCUUGAGCAGUCCAAUGGAGAUUGAAACAGAUGGCGCAAUGAUGGAUGAUGUCAUGAUGCUUAAAAAGACAGUGGAAGAGGAAGCUACUCAGCCUCAGAGGGACCAGAGGAAAGAGCGCCCUUUGAUGCGCCGCAAAUCAGAGCUGCCUCAGGACAUGUCUACAGUUAAGGCCCUAGAAACGCACCGGCGUGCAGAGGAAAUGAUAACCACCCACGACGGCCACUAAAGGACCAGAGAAGCCCAGACUCAACCCAGCCUCCUUUGGCCGGGCACAGCACGCCCAGUGCAAAGUGCCCCAGCAUAGCACUGAUGGCAGCAGCAGCAGCAGUACAGGACAGCCUGAUGUGGCCUGAGAAACACCCAGCUCUGCUCCCAAGAACAGCCACAGUGACCCUCUCUUGCCCAGACCCCUACGCUGGUCAUCUUUCUCUCUGUGUCUCUCUCUCUCUCUCUGUCUCUCUGUGUCUCUCUCUGUCUCUUUCCUCUUUCUUUCAUUUUAAAAAGACUUUCUCAGGUGUACUUUUACUUUUUUGUGGUAUUUUUCCACAGUGCCCCCCCCGCUUCCCCACCAUCGGUUAUCGUUGUUGAUCAUUGAAAUGUAGGUGCUAGGGUGAAAAAUGUGAACAGGUUGUGUUUUUGACAAAGGAGCACUUGCAGUACAACUGCUGACCAUUGUGUUAAAAUGAGCGAAAGCCUUUCUACCCCGUUUGAAGACGAUAGAGCGCAGUUUUUGGGUGGAAACGCAUGUACAUCUCCAACCUUGUUUUUUUCCUCAGUGCUAGGACACAGCUGCUAUUGCCUCCAGCUUUGUGCCUCAGACUGGUGGUUCAUGUCAUUUUAUGUGUGUUUGUUUUUGAGUGUUAUCUUGUCCAGCAAUGGGGACUGUCAGCCAAGUGUCACUGGCAACAGAAACUUUAUGGUAUGUAUUUUUCUUUUCAGAUGAGCUUGCCUGUCUUUUGGAGGCUUCUAUCCAUGGUAGAUCUCUGAAGGAGAGUAUUCCUCUGUAGGAAUUAGGUUUUGUGCCAAUUUCUUUCUUUUAUUUUAAAUAUGUUUUAAAUGCUACACAAUACAGCUGGCAAUAAGUUCACCCUGACUGAGUGUGGUUGUUCAAACAAUGGUAAAUAGUUGGGUGCUUCUCCUGUGUGUAUUUUGCACUGUUUUAAUGGAAUAAAUCUGUGGAACCUGAAACGUGUUGAGGAAUCAUCUAGCAAUAUAUUUGGACCUUAAACCGUUUUUCCUAGGAUUACCGAGGCAUUAAGAGGUCUUGGUACAUUCAGAGAUCUCCUUUCAGAGCUUGUCAUUUUCUGCGGAUGUUCCUCAGAGUUAGCUGUGCAGACAUUUGUUGCAAGUCGUUCCGUUUGUAAGCAUUAAAGCUCCCUAUACUUGUGCUUUACGGAUUUAUAAAAGACCAGUUUUGCUUACAUCCAAAAGGAAAACAAAGCCUUUAUUUGCAUAGAGUGCCUUUUACAUAGUGGAAGACUUUAGAAAAAUACUGUUCAGGUUAGAUGCAUGUAACUCUAUUAUCUAAAUGUCAAAAGUCUUUCAUUUAGAAGCAAUUUUCUAUUGCAGAAUGCACCCAGAGUAGCUGGAGAAGAUGCUCUCUGCUACGUUUUAGCUGUGGGUGAGACUAGGCUGGUCUGUUACAGUGGCUGAAAGGGUCGAAAUAUGAGUGGGUGGUGGAGUAACUUCAUAAACAACUGAGAAGGCACUUCCUGAUGAAACUUGAAGAAAAAUAUAGAUAAGAGAACAGCUAAACACAUCAGGUCAUGCUGAGUCAGUAUGCUCUGUCUUGUGUUCUAAAACAGAAGAGUUUGGCCUGCUUCUAGUUUUUUUUUUCCCAUUUACUUCCAGUUUCUUUUAGUGGUAUUCAAUCUGAACCAUUGUUUGAACUUCCAUUCUCUGAUAUGUGGCUGGAACUGAAGAGAAGCUCAUGACAUUCUAGGGCUCAAAAUGCUUGCAAGUUUUGUUUCUUUUUAUAUAUUAUUAUUAUUUUUUUUUUUUGCCUGCAUUAGCUUUUUAAUGUUCAAUCUGAAUGUGCAAACUGUAUAUAGAACUACCACAAUCACAUUCUCUUUUUUUAUUGUCCUAAAAGUACAAGAGUUUGUUCCUCCUUCCUGGUAUUGGGCUGUUUUUUUUUUUUUUGUUUUUUUUUAAGAUUAGUGCGUUUUAAUUUUCAUACUUACGCUAGUGCUUUACAAGAUGUAAUGUAUUAAAGCACUACUAAAGUCAGUAUCAUCCCUCCCCGUGCACACUGCAGCUUGUUUUGGUGGUCGUUUUCCUGCAUUAAAUGGCUUUAAAUGAAAAUCUCUGGAGGCUUUUUUUUCCUUCAAAAAAAACAAAUAUUGCAAAGUGUCCUUUAGUAUGUGCCCCCUAUUAAAUGGCUUCAUGUAAUAUUGUACAUAUUAUGUACUUUUAUUUUAUGUUCUAUCUAUUAUUAAAUGGUAGAUCUCUUUGUACAAAUUGUCAUGUACAGAUAAAAAAGGUUAUUAGCAACUGCAGACAGCUGAUAAAGUGGCACAGACUUCUGUACAUGGUACUGUUUGCAUUAGAAAUAUCUAGGUUUUAAAUGCUACUUUUUUUUUUUAUCAAUUUGUAAUUCAGAACUUUUAAUUUUCAGCAUUCUGUCAUCUGUGAUGAGAUCUGUCCUAUGUUAGCAUUUGUGUGCUUUUAACCAAUUCUCAAUUGGUGUACAUCUAUAUAUAGUAAAUAAAGAAAACUUGUGAGUUUUAUAUUUUCA